AUGCCGAUCGGCUUGAUUUAUAACUUCAAAGACUUCCGAACAACAUUCUUACACCACUUCGCCAGCAGCCAUCACUACCAGAAGACGAGCGUCAAUUUGUUCGCUCUGAAGCAGGGACCCAAGGAAGCGUUGAGGGCCUACAUCAUGCACUUCAACCAGGUGGCCAUGAGCAUUCCAUCAGUCUCCUUUGACAUGUUGGUGAACGCAUUCACUCAGGGGCUCAUCAAAGGGGAGUUCUUCCGGUCACUCAUCUGGAAGCCGCUGAAGGACUUCGACCACAUGCUCAAGAGGGCCACAGAGUACAUAAUAAACGUGGAAGAAGCCCAAGCGGCAAGAAGAAAGGGCGCGCUUCCUGAGUCCGCAGUCGCAUCUGAGCGACGACCACCGAGCAGUCAUCAACCACCCAAGGGGCCCCGAGCAGGAGGAGCACAGUAA